AUGUCGGGCCUUAUCGAGAAACUGACUGCUGAGGGAACCGGUGAAUCAGCAGAGUUCUUGAACGACAUCGUGAAGCAGUUAUGGCCCAACAUCAAUGCCGCUGGCAGCAAAAUGGUCAAGGAGAUCGUGGAACCCAUGUUCAAGACUAUGCUUCCGGGUCCAUUAUCCACCUUGCACUUCACCAAGAUCGAUCUCGGCCCCGUACCUCUACGGUUGUCAAACGCAAAGACAACAAAAACCGAGGCAGACGGUAUCAAGCUCGAUCUGAACGUCGACUGGGUGGGCAAAGCCGACAUCGAAUUGGAUGCUGACUACAUCCCUGCCAUGGGUGUUGAGAGCGUGCAGCUUCAUGGCAGACUUUCCAUACUCCUCUGCCCACUCACAAAUGUUAUCCCUCUGAUCGGAGCCGCCCAAAUAACAUUCAUCAAUCCACCAGUCCUGAAGCUCGAUUUCACAGGCGCAGCAAAUGUAGCCGAUUUCUCCUUGAUCGACGAUACCGUUCGCAGUGUAAUCCUGGGCAUCAUCAACUCCAUGUUCACCCUCCCCAACCGAUUCCUGCUCAAGCUUGACGCCAAUGCCGACUACUUCAAAACCUACCACUAUCCGCUCGGCAUGAUUCGAAUCACUGUGGAGAAGGCAUGGGGCUUCGGAGAGGAGGCCAAGUCGUCUGCAAAGAAGUUUUUCAACAAGAUCACUCGCGCCGCUCCGGACUGCUAUGCUAAAGUUGAGGUCGGCGGAGAGCCGUCGUGGCAGACAGCAACCAAGAACAACACGAACAAACCAUCGUGGAACGAGACGCAUGACUUUGUAGUGAGCGACUUUGACCAGUGUAUCAAAGUGGACGUGAAAGACGAAGACCUCAAUGGGGACGACGACGUCGGCCUGGCAGUGACAACAGUCCGAGAGAUUCUGGUCGCUGGAGGUAGCCAGGAGCUGCCACUGGUCCUCAAAGGCGAGGAGACGGACGGCAGAGUCUCAAUCUCUUGCCAGUACUUCAAGUACGUAGCCGAUGCCGGCAGCCUCACCGCCUCCGACCACAAAGGCGAUGGCCACCUUUCUGGCAUCGCCACCAUCCUCGUCGCAGGCGCAUACGACAUCAAGGGCCAGCGCGAAGCUCUCAAGCCCAGCGUCGUGGUGACAUGGGGCAAGACUCAACGCUUCCAGACUGCCAUCAAGGCCGACGCUCCAGGCGCCGACAUCAACAACCCUGCCUUUGACCAGGGAUUCCGAGUCCCCAUCACGACCGAUUUGGUGGGCAGUAGUCCAGACAACUUCCGCAUUGCACUCCUAGACGGCGAGAAGGAGAUCGGUAGCGUUGAUGUACCGUUCGCGAGCGUGGCGGAUGCACCGGAUAGAUUGCUCCAGCAGAAAUUUGACGUUGGUAAUGGAGCCUCGGUCCGGGCCAGCAUUCGCCUGAGAGGUGUUGUGCCUGGAGAGAUCCCGCAGGUGGCGCUGCCGGACAGGCGCAAGUAG